AAGUCAUGGAAGAAGUUAACGUGGUUCAAACGAAGGAUGGAACUGUUACAGUAGCUUCUGUGUUUCCUGGACAUCAGGAAGCUAUACAGCAGAGAGACCACAAGUUCUUGAGAAUUGCAGUUGAAGAAGCUUAUAAAGGAGUAGAGUGUGGAGAUGGUGGUCCUUUUGGUGUUAUAAUAGUUCGUAACGAUGAAGUAGUUUCUUGCUGUCACAACAUGGUGCUCAGGAACACAGAUCCUACUGCUCAUGCAGAAGUCACUGCUAUAAGAAAGGCUUCUCUAAACCUUAACAAGAUAGAACUUUCAGACUGUGAAAUGUACGCUUCUUGCGAACCUUGUCCGAUGUGCUUUGGAGCAAUCCACCUCUCACGAGUUAAGAGGUUGGUUUAUGGAGCGAAAGCAGAGGCAGCAAUUGCUGUUGGGUUCGAUGACUUCAUUUCAGAUGCAUUGAGAGGUACUGGAUUCUAUCAGAAAGCACAAUUGGAGAUUAAAAGGGUUGAUGGAAAAGAAGGUAACAUUGCUGAAGAAGUUUUUGAAAAAACAAAGCAAAAGUAUACAAUGUUUUGAAUUUCUAUUUCUGUUUCAUGUACCUGUGAAUUUUGAUUUCACAUAAAUAAUCUUGUUGCUCCCA